AUGCACUAUCAACUAUAAUUAGCAUUGUUGGAUCUCGGAGUUUCAGCUCGUGUAAAAUCAAACUCAGCAGAUAAUUGAACGCUUACUUUCAGCACGAGGUGUUUCCAGCGGAAGAGAAACAUGACAGAAACUAACAUAUUCGAUGAACAAUUGGUGGAACUGAAAACGGCGUUGGUUAAUGCACCGAUCAGUCUAGCGUCGUUCAGUGACUCAAUCGCAAAGCUUUUCAAUGAAUUUCAAGUAACGGGACGAGAUGCUGCCACAAAAGAUUUUGUUGAGGUUCGAGACAAUACGAGAAAGCAAGCAGUCGUGUAUAAGGAGAAAGUUCUUCCUUCUACUGAGACGGCUAUGAAACGAAUCGCAACCUACAUUGAGAUUUAUAUUGCAUUGACUUUUGAACAAUGGAAGGAUUCCCUUGACCCUAUUAUGAAAGCUUUGCGAGAAGCAGAAAUUGUGUGCGAGUUUUUGAGGGACCUGCACAAGGAUAUAAUAACUCAGUUAGAGAAAAACAAAUCUCAAGCAACUAUUGGGGUUGAGCAGCUUAAAAAAAUGAAAACCCAGUAUCAACAGGAACGUGACAAACUGGUGAUACAAGCAGAUGAAGCAGCAGCUAGUGCAGAAUCGGCCAAAUCAUGGGGAAAAAAUCUUGUUCCGGUCACGUUCGGCAUUUCUGCAUUGGUGGGAUCUGCUAUUGCCGAUAAUCAUGAAACAAAGCGGGAGCAACAUCUUUGUAAUGCUGCGGCGAGGGAUGAGAACGCAAAUAUCGCUGCUAAAGCUGCUGCACUCACAACUACAGAUUUAAUUCCGGCAAUAGAGAGCUUCAUUAAAUGUCUCGAGGUGUUUCUGAAGUUUGUGAACCUGUCAAAAACUAAGAUAGAAAGGAUGAGGGAUGAAGGCGACAAUGGUGCGCAGAAGCUUUUUUAUUUGACCAUGCAAAAGAAAGCGAAUGAUAUCAGCGGGCUGUGUGACAACUUUGUCAGUCUGACUGAUUGCAUGCGCACUAAAAUGGCUGCGCUGCCUAAGGAUCCGUCGGACAAGAAUUACGUGGACAAGUGGCUGGAGGAGCAGCUGAAAAACUUCCAACAGAAAAGUGGACAUAUGAACUUCAUGGCCACACUGCAUAACUUUCUUAAAAGUGUGAAGAAAUGAAACCAGAAAAAAGAUUCAUUUAACCAGAGAUUAUAAUACUAAUCACAAAAUUAUACU